GUCGCGAUGACGGUCCCUUCCCUGGAGAAGCUGGACUCCUUCAAGUACAGUGACCUGCAGAACUUAGCCAAGAGUCUGGGCCUUCGGGCUAACCUGAGGGCAGACAAGUUGUUAAAAGCCCUGAAAGUCCACCUUAAACACGAAGCAAGAAAAGAAAAUGAGAAUCAGAAUGAAAGUCAGACUUCUGCAUCCUCUUGUGAUGAGAAUGAGAUACAGAUUAGCAGCCAGGAACAAGCUGAGAGAGAGCUGGUUAGCCAUGUCACCAAAACGAGGAGAAGGCACAAGGCAGUCCAUGGGAACCCUGACUCCCAGAAUCAAGAAAAGCAGGAAAACGAGGAUCUCAGAACAACUACAACAGUUCCUUCUCUUCCAGAUGAGAGCCAAGAAGAUGAGAGUGCAGUUUCCUCAGGAAAAAGUGGAAUAAAUGAUUUAGGUAAUAAAAACUUAAAGGUACCCUCCAAAAAAAAGAAGUCUCUCUACACAGAUGGAUUUUCCAAACCUGGAAAAAAGAAAAGAAUUGCAACCACUACUCCAAACUUUAAGAAGUUUCAUGAGGCUCGUUUUAAGGAGAUGGAGUCCAUUGAUCAAUAUGUUGAAAGAAAAAAGAAACAUUUUGAAGAACACAAUUUGUUUAAUGAACUGAAGAAGCACGCUGUCGAUAAGGGAGGAGUAGUGACUCCAGUUCCUCUAAGAAGAAGACUCUCCGUGGCUUAUACUCCCAUCAGCCAGCAGCACACACAAGGCAGGUCGCACGGCCCUGCAAGGCAGAGCACCCUGAGUCUCAAGGGGUCAGUCAAGCGCUCUGCGCUCUCUGCAACUAAAAUAAGUGUCAGGUUUUCAGCUGCUACUAAAGAUAAUGAGCAUAAGCGUUCACUGACCAAGACUCCAGCCAGAAAGUCUCCACAUGUGACCAUAUCAGGAAGUACCCCAAAAGGCCAAGCUGUGCUCAGGACACACAAGUUAAAGACUACCAAGGGGAAUUCUGCUGCUGUUAUUUCCCCAUUCAAGUUGACAACUGCAGCAACACAAACUCCAGUCUCCAAUAAGAAACCAGUAUUUGAUCUCAAAGCAAGUUUAUCUCGUCCCCUCAACUAUGAGCCUCACAAAGGAAAGCUGAAACCAUGGGGGCAAUCUAAAGAAAAUAAUUCUCUGAAUGAACAUGUAAAUAGAGUUAGUUUCCAUAAGAAAACUUACAAACAACCUCAUCUCCAGACCAGGGAAGAGCAACGGAAAAAACACAAGGAAGAACAAAAGGAGAAGAAAGCAAAGGUCUUGGGAGCUCGAAGGUGCCUCAUUAUGGCUGAAGAUUAAUAAUUUCUUAACAUCCUAUAAAUACUUUAUUCUGAACCUUUUUUCCUUCUGUAAAUAUUUUUAUACUGUCUUCCCCACUUCAAUCAGAUCUUUUUCUGCUGUUGACUUUGUUCAUGAUCUGUGUAGUAUCCUUGCUUCCUUCGUGUGCCACAUCUCUGAAAAGACAUUAUCACCUUAAAGCUCACAAAUAAUUUGAAAUGGUUUUUACGUAAGUCCCUAUACAAUUCAGUUUUCUAAUUAGACCCAUCUUAGAGGUUUUUAACCUAGAUUUUUUAAUGUCAAGUUCCCUGUGCUGGUUCUAAUAUUAACAACUGCAGCCCUCUUCUAGGCUAAAUAGCAUUUACCUGAU